GCACGCGCCUGGGGUUGCACACAGACUGUCGCACAAGUGGGCGUCUUCGCGGCUUUAAAAAGUUGACUUUGCGGCUAAUCGACGGGCGCAAACACCACAGGGCAGGGCGGGCCACGUAAGCAAGCCAAACACGCCGUGCGUCUCCCUUUCGAACAGGCAGCUCAACUUUGUGGAUGGCGGAUGUCGUUCACGGUGGUGACUUGUCAGUGAGACAAAAACUGCCAGUUCCCCCGCAGUGAUGUCAUCUUGGUGGUGGGAGCAGUGGUCCCCCGUGGGCCCGAACAGCACCAUUGGUUCUAGCGGCCCCGACGACAAGACCUGCUUCAACAGCACGCAGAAUACCGUCCUGAAUGGAGUCAACUUUGGGGGAGUGCCUGUUGUGCUGCUGCUCAACUUUAGCGUCUUUUUGGUGUUGCUGAUCCUGUUCUCGGUUAUACGGAGGAAGUUCUGGGACUAUGGACGUUUGGCGCUGGUUGCGGACAACGAAGGGGUCACCGAGUCGACAGGCCGUCGUUACAGACACAUGUCGUCUUGCGUGUCCAGUGGGGAUGACCUCGAGUAUGAAAUGGGCUUCUGUUCUUGGCUACCCUUCAUCCUCAGAAUGGACGACGAAAAAAUAAAAGCCCGAUGCGGCGCAGACGCUGUUCACUACCUGUCCUUCCAGCGUCAUUUGAUCAUCCUGCUGCUGAUCAUUACGGUCACCUCCCUCUCAAUCAUACUGCCGGUCAACCUGACGGGUGACCUGCUGGGCAACAAGCCACAGAGUUUUGGAAGGACGACUAUUGGGAAUCUUCAAAAGGGAGACAACUGGUUGUGGCUUCACACUGUGUUUGCCGUCCUCUAUCUCGCCCUCACUGUCGUUGUGUUGCGACACCAUACAUCACAAAUGAAAGGCAUGGGUCAGGACACACCCAGAAACACCUUGUUUGUGACUUCAGUCCCUAAAACAGCCAAAGAGGACGACAUAAAGACACAUUUCGCAGAGGCAUACCCCACCUGCCGAGUGUGUGCGGUCAACAUUGCCUAUGACGUGGCUAAGCUCAUGCACCUUGAUAAGGAAAGGGUUCGAGCUGGAAAAAACCUGCGUUACUACGAGCGCGUCCUGGAGAAGACGGGCCAGCGGGAAACCAUAUAUCCCAGACUGUGCGGUUGCCUCUGUUGCUGUGCCAAAUGUGACAAGGUGGACGCUAUAGAGUACUACAACACUAAGGAAAAAGACCUCCUGGAGGAGGUGAGGCAGCAGGUGGAGGUGGUGCCACAGCGCCCCCUGGGGCUUGCCUUCGUCACCUUGCAGACGGAGGCCAUGGCCAAGUUCAUUCUGAAAGACUUCAACGCACUCGAAUGCGGCGGCACGAGUCGCUGUUGUGGCCGACAGCGUCAGCCGUCGAUCAACAGUGCAAGUCUCAAAGUGAGCAAGUGGAGGGUCAGCUCUGCACCCCAUCCCAAAAACCUCUAUUGGGACCAUCUGUCAGUCCAGGGCUUCUCUUGGUUCAUGCGCUACAUGAUGCUCAACUUUCUGCUUUUCUUCCUGCUCACCUUCCUCACAACGCCCACCAUCAUCAUCAACACCAUAGACAAGUUCAACGUCACCAGGCCCAUCCACUAUCUGAAUAGCCCAAUCAUCAGUCAGUUCUUCCCCACGUUCCUACUGUGGAGCUUCUCCGCACUGCUACCCACCAUCGUCUACUACUCCACACUCGGGGAGGCCCACUGGAGCAGGUCCAGCGAGCAGCUGAGCAUGAUGCACAAGCUUUACUUCUUUCUGCUCUUCAUGGUGCUCAUUCUUCCCUCGCUAGGACUCACCAGCCUCGCCUUGUUUUUCCGCUGGCUGUUUGACAAAAAAUUUCUAACAGAUGGGAAGCUGAGGUUUGAAUGUGUGUUCUUACCUGACCAAGGGGCCUUCUUCGUCAACUACGUGAUCGCAGCGGCCCUGGUGGGCUCGGCCAUGGAUCUGAUGCGGCUGCCCGGUUUGCUGCUUUACACCAUCCGCCUCGCGCUCGCCCGCUCGGCCGCUGAAAGAAAAUACGUCAAACAGAACCAAGCCUUUGAGUUUGAAUAUGGCGCCAUGUAUGGCUGGAUCCUGUGUGUGUUUACUGUCAUUAUGGCUUACAGUGUCAUUUGUCCCAUUAUUGUGCCUUUUGGUCUCCUAUACAUGACGCUGAAGCACCUGGUGGACAAGCACAACUUGUAUUUUGCCUACUUGCCAACACGUCUCGACCGUCAAGUCCACCUGAAGGCUGUCAAUCAAGCUCUGGCAGCACCCAUCAUCUGCCUAAUAUGGCUUUAUUUCUUUUCUGUCCUCAGAACAGGUUUCUUGACAUCCACUUCUCUGUUUACCCUGGUGGUGCUUGUCAUCACUGUCCUCAUCUGCCUCAGCUACACCUUGUUUGGCCAUUUCCAGUACCUCAGUCCACACAAUUACGCGGUGAGGGAGGAAGAUGAGGACACACCUGAGGGAGUGGAGGAAAACACAAUGGUUUACCUUCCCAGAGUGCUGAACCCCAAAUCGUCAGCGGGAGCUUCGAAGGGGGCGCUGUUGAUCUGCAACUGCGAAGCUUUGAAGCACUUCAAUGCACAGUCUUGACUGGGGAUUUAACCUUGGUAUGUGGCCCGUUACUGGACAAUAAUAGCAGUAGCUCCGCCCCCUCACCUGAUCUCUCUCCACUGUCGCCUCCUGUUGUGCUCUUGCCAUUUCAUCCCCUUUCACCCUCUUUCUCAUCACACGCUUCCCACCCGGGCUGACUGAGGCCUCCGCCAGUCUGUUGUCAUGUAAAGACUUUCGGCUGAGCUUGAUUAGCGCGGUUGUUAUGCGUGGCCAGCGGAGUGCUGCGCUAACGACAUACAUAUGUAGGUUAGUAGGUGACGAAGACUUUUUUUUUUUUUUUUUUUCCAAGGCUGCUCGACACGGAUCAAUGUGCGAUAAUGGGACCUCACAACACUGACAGAUAUUCACAACAGAUUGCGUCACGUAUAGCUGGGUCCACAAGUACUUGGACACUGAGUUUUUAUGAUUGAUGCCUUUAUACACCACCACCAUGUGAUUGAAAUAAAACUACAGUGGUGCCUUGAGAUAUGAGUGACCCCAAUACGAGCUGUCAUUCAGACAAUUUAAAAAAUAUAAAAUUUUUGGGACUUGCAAACGCACACUUGAGAUACACAACUAACUUCCCAAUAAGCAGCAAUAAGUCAGCUAUCGUGUUUUCCGGGUUUGGUCACGUGACGUCCCACAUAUAGCGGAUUCUCCCCCCCCCCCCAAAAAAAUUAUCGCCGCCUUAUAAGUCUCUAAGCAACGGAUUUCUGAACACCGUGAAGCAACACAUAGACAGAAAAUAUCACAAUACUCACAGGCAUAUAUUCUUUAUCCUCCGUGAAAAAACGACUAAUAUUACUGAAGCUUACAGAGUCACUGAGAAUAAUGGUGGCUCCUCUGCGUUUGUUUUAUACUGCCCCACGGUGGCCAAGGCGGGCACACCAGGAGAAGCACCACAAUGAAUUCUAGAAUGAGUUCUAUCAUGAUGCAGUGUUUAAUUCUUCAUAUUUUUUAAUUGUUGUUAUUCUGCCAGUUUUAAAUAAAGUACAAUAUUAUAGAGUGCUAUUUUCCCCCAUUAAAAACAUAUUACAGAAAUUGGUGUUUUUUUUGGGGGGAGGCUGGAACAGAUUGAAGAUCAUGAUUGACUCCAGCUGAAAGUUUCUUUAAAAAAAAAAAAAAAAAAAAAUGUUUUGGGCAGAUUAACCAAUACUCAUAACAAUGGGAAAGUCCAAGCAACUCAAUGAAGAUCUGUGAAGGAGAAUUGGAAAUUUACAGCUGUUUGGGAAAGAAAAGAAAGUUCUGUCUCCAGUUAGUCAAAGGAAUGCUCUAUUGACUUGAGAUCAGGGGGAAGACUUGGUCAUUGAAUAAUAUUAAAAUACCAUCACGAAGACCAAUUGAAUUUUAAAUGCCUGAAACAGCUGCAAUGAAAGCUGAACAUCUUCAGUUAAGUCACAUAUUCAUUGCUUUAUUUAAAAUCCAUUGCGGUGCUGUAUAAAGACAAAAUACUAAAAACCGCCGCUGUCCGAAUCCUUGGACCAAAACUGCAUGUGCUGACAUUUAUAUGUGGACGAUGUGGAGGCAGCUUUCUAGAACCACACGCUGCCCGAAACACACCACCAUGUCGGUGGCGCACAGCUUGAUCCACACGUGGCUCUGCUAGAUUUAAUGAGCCUGUGAAAACCUCAGCCUAAUUCAAUUGCGGAACACAUGAAGACAUUUGGCUGGUGGUGGAAGGACUGCUGGAGGUGGUCUCAUCAGCAC